AUGGUAGCGCGUUCGACUCCAGAUCGAAAGGUUGGGCGUUCGAUCCGCUCAGUGGUCAGGAGUUUUGCACUCGGAUCGAAAACUACAUACCUCUUCGAUCUGGAGUCGAAUAGUGGUACCAUUGCGCCAAGAAGGUCUUUCACAACUGAGAAAGUCCUUCUUGGCGAAUGGUCUCAAGUUCGACUCCAGAUCUAUUCGAGUUCAUCCGCUCGAGGUCAAGUUUUCGGCCGAGUGAAAACUCCUGACCACUUUGCUGGAAUAAACGCCCAAACUUUCGAUCUGGAGUCGAACGACUUUCUAGACCAUUGCGCAAUGGUAGCGUUCGACUCCAGAUCGAAAGGUUGGGCGUUCGAUCCGCUCAGUGGUCAGGAGUCUCACUCGGCCGAAAACUACAUUUUCCACCACUAUUCGAGCAUAAACUAG